AGAAACGUUACAAAGUAAACAAUGCCGGCCCUAACCUUAUUAUAACUGUCACUGCUAAAAAUUCUAGCACAAAAAAACAGACAAGUAUCUACCUAUCAUUGCUGAUAACGUAAAAUAUAUAGCUUCACCCUUCACCUCUUUCACCCAAGCUCAUAACUCUCUCUCUCUCCCAUGGCAAACAAGCGCAUAGUUCUCUUCCCCUUCUUGGCACAAGGCCAUCUCAUACCUUUCCUAUCCUUUGCCAAACUAAUAUCACAAAGGCACUCAACUUUUAGUAUCACCCUCAUCAACACCCCCCUCAACAUCCAGAAGCUAAGAGCAAAACUCCCUCCAAACUCCUUAGUCGAACUCAGGGAGCUCCCUUUCUCAAGCUCAGAUCAUGGUCUCCCUCCUAACAUCGAGACAACCGAAUCUCUCCCUCUCCAUCUCUACCUCAACUUCUUCACUGCCACCGAGACUCUCAAAACCUCCUUUGAGAAUCUCAUAUCAGAACUUAUAGAUAAACACGGUUGCAGUAAUCUCUGCAUCAUUGCUGAUAUGUUCUUAGGGUGGACAGUUGAGGGUGCCAACAGACUUGGAGUUUCUCAUUCAGUGUUUGUUACUAGUGGAGCUUAUGCCUCUGCCAUCUUCUUCUCUCUCUGGUUGAAUCCUCCUGAAAAUUUCGCUUCCUCUGAAGAGGAUGAGCUUGCACUUGUGGACUUCCCCGAGAUUAGCAUUCCCCAAUCAAUGAUCUUGAACACCGUCAUACCUACUAAUGGCACAGACCCAUUUGCUAUUUUUUUGCAAAGGCAGCUGUCUCUUAGCUUCAAAUCAAGCAGCUUUCUUGUUAACACUGUUGAGGAGUUUGAGACAGAGGGAUUGAGUUUACUACGAAGAAGCUCUCAACUUCCUGUUUGGUGUGUUGGACCUCUUGCUUGCCUACCUUCCUCAUCACCGGUUCAUGAUAGUAAUUACUGCAUUAAGUGGUUGAACUCAAGGACCCCAGCUUCAGUUCUUUACAUAUCUUUUGGCUCUCAGAACUCUAUCCCAGCAUCUCAAAUGAUGCAGCUGGCAAAGGGAUUAGAGGCCAGUGGAAAAAGCUUCAUUUGGGUCAUCAGACCUCCACUAGAAUUUGCCAUGAAUGAAGAAUGGAGACCUGAAUGGUUACCUGGAGAGUUCGAAGAACGAAUGAAGGAGAGGAAUCAAGGGAUCUUGGUCCAUAAGUGGGCUCCCCAGCUUGAGAUUCUAUCGAAUGAAUCAACCGUUGCAUUUUUGAGUCAUUGCGGUUGGAAUUCAGUGGUUGAGAGUUUAAGUCAGGGUGUGCCAAUUAUUGGGUGGCCAAUUAUAGGGGAUCAAAUGUUCAACUCUAAGAUGUUGGAAGAGGUGGGAGUCUGUGUUGAGAUUGCAAGAGGAAUGAAGAGGGGAUGGGAAGAAGUUGCAAAGGCGAUUGAGCUGGUGAUGGGAGGAACAAACAAGGGGUUUGAGAUGAGGGUCAAAGCAAAUGAGAUUAAGGAGAUGAUGAGGAGAGCAUUGAGAGAGGAUGAGGGCAAUGCUGGGUCUUCGGUAAAAGCUGUGAAGGACUUUCUUCAGACUGCGUUUUCAACGAAGACCAUGAUGAACUGAUAACGUAACGUAAAUCUUAGACUUUGUGUUCAAUGAAGAUGAUGUAUAAGUUAUAAUGUAUCUAAGGACCUUAUUUAAGUUUUGUGUUAGCGUAUAUUCUCAACAUGAGUAACUAGUUCAGAUUCAUACCAGUCAAAAUACAAGGAUGCUUAUUUACCCUUUUUUGCACCUAGAAUAUUAUUCACCCAUUAAGGUGUAACUUCAUUCAUGGUUUCAUUUAUAUCUACAGAUGCAACAAGAGAAAUGAGAUUUGUUUUGGUUUGGAUAUCUUUCUACAACGACAACAAUAAAGCCUUUAUCCCAAAUGAUUUCCUUGGUGAUAGAAAUGAUGCCAAGAGCAUAAAAUUCU